GGAGGAGGAAGAGGAAGGGUGGUGUCCCCUCGGGGGGCGAUGGCGAAGAUGCGGGUGGCUUACGAGUACACGGAAGCGGAAGACAAAAGCAUCCGCCUGGGCCUGCUGCUCAUCAUCUCGGGCAUCACGUCGCUGUUCAUCUUCGGCUUCUGCUGGCUCAGUCCCGCCCUGCAGGACCUGCAAGCCAAGGCGGCCAACUGCACCGUGCUGUCCGUGCAGCUCAUCGGGGAGGCCUUCCAGUGCACCUUCACCUGUGGCACCGACUGCCGGGGCACCGCCCACUAUCCCUGCCUCCAGGUCUUCGUCAACAACUCCCACUCCAACUCCAGGGCCCUGCUGCACCGGGACGAGCACCAGCUCCUCACCAACCCCAAGACCAGACGACGUGCUCCUCAGGCGGACUCACGACGACAUCGUCCUCCUGCACUGCUUCCUCUGGCCCGUGGUGGCCUUCCUGGUGGGAGUCCUCAUUGUGCUGCUGACCAUCUGUACCAAGACCCUGGCCGUCAAAGCGGAGGCCAUGAAGAAGCGCAAAUUCUCCUAGGGGGAAACGACCCUCCAGUUUGGGACAGCGAGCCAAGAUGGGGGAGGGAUAGAGUGCGAGGUGCACUUGUCUGGGGCUCCCUGCUGGGCGCCUUUCGGCCUGCUGGCCCGAGAAAGGUGUCCGGAGCCGGCGACCGGCCAGAGACCCCUGGGGACGGUGCCCUAUGGGAUGCCCAUUGACGGCUUCUUCCUCCGUAGCCAUAGGAAUGGCAGGGGUGCCACCCAAGACUACUCUCAAUCUCUCGAUAAUAGAAACGAAAUAAUUGUGCUAUUUGUUAAGCGCUCACUAUGUGCCGAGCACCGUGCUGGCUACUAAGCGCUACAAUCAGAUCAGACACGGCCCCCGUCUCACUUGGGGCUCACAGUCUGAAGGUUAGAUAUAUCUGAGUAACGUCUCACACGUUCACUUCACUGGCAAGACCAGUUUAGAAAACCAACCACAGUUACUUUCAUUAAAACCACAAUACCCUUUCUCUUGGCAUCAUGCAGUAUCUAUUAUGACUAGAGGUACCUAAACUAUUAAAACAGUCCCUUCUGGGUUCAUUUUGUUUUUCUUUUAUUUUUUUUGGCAUCAAAGGCCGAAGGUAAGGCUCUGAGAAUUCUUCUGUUGAUUUCGCUGGGUACGAGAGUGUCAGUUGGGUAUGUUGAUUUAUGUCACGCUCUGGACAAAACUGUAUCGCUCAAUUAUUCUGCUUGUCAAAGUGGCUAUUAAUGUCCAGGAAGAAUUCAGCUACCUUUAUUAAAACGGCAGACUGGCUCUUGCUUGAAAGAAAGAAGAAUACUAUUCCCUUGAUUCAGUGUUUUCAGUCUCCAGUUAUUUGUGAUGCUUAAUUAAAGACUAUCUCUCUUUUCCAUAAACCUCA